ACAAGCACAAUAGGGGCACACUGGAGCCAGCGAUCCUUGCCAAGAGGGAACCUUCCACCCCCCCUGGUGGACGCGUGGUGGUGGGUACGUUGAACGCCCAUUCGUAGCCUGCCUAGCCCCAGGAAUCCUUUCAGCCAUUUGCCUGACCCCCCUAUCUCCCUUGGCGAAAUGGAAUAGGCAAAAACGAUAUGCUCAACACUCCGGAACACAGCACAACCUGACGACGACUUGGACCAUCUCGUGAUCAGGUUUUCCCGUCAUGCUGCUCCUCAACCGCUUCGGUCGCGUCACGCUGGUCGUGAUCGCGCUUCUCAUCGCCUUCGCCAUCGUCCUGGUGGCCCAAGGAAGCGCCAUCGCCUCUUCCCUACCGAGCACGCUCGAAUCAUUAUGGCCGGGGUCGAGUACCACGACAAGACCACCUCCGACGGAGAACGCGAACACAGCACCGAAUACUGAUGCCGAUGCCGAUGCCGAUGCCGAUGCCGGUGCCGGCGCUGGCGCUGGCGCUGGUGCGGAAGAUGACGACGAUAUUGACACGGAGAGGAAGGAUAUUUCCUAUGACCUGACCAUCCCUGUCUCUACCGGGUGCGAGAACCUGGUCAACGACCUACAGCAGCGCCUCAUCCAUGCCUACUCGGAGCGUCUCAGAGGCGUUCGGUACGCCAAUAUCUGGGGAUACCUGGAGACGGAGAACAAGGGCGAUGCGGCGAUUUGGUCGGCUCAGCAGAUUCUCUUGACCAUGCUAGGCAUUGAGACUAUGGAGGCCUGUCGUUUCAUGGACAAAGACUGCGACAUCAAGAAAUUCCGCGCCCGCCUCGAGGCACACAAACCCCACUCCGCCAUCAUCAUGGCGGGCGGCGGCAACUUCAACGACUACUACUGGGAGGACCAACCGUCCCGCAUGAAGAUGAUUUCCAACUUCACGGACGUUCCCGUCCGGGCCUUCCCCCAGAGCGUUUACAUGACCAACCCGGAACGCAUCGAGGCGACGAAGAAGGCGUUUACGAAGCACAAGGACUUGCAGCUGGCGGCGCGUGACCGUCCCAGCUACGAGUGGCUGGACGAGGCUUUCGGGGAGGUGGAGGGCAUCGAGGCGGAUCUUGUGCCGGAUAUCGCUUUUAUGUGGGGGAACCGAUCCGAUUUUCGGGUUAAUACGAAGAAGACCCACGACAUCCUCAUCCUCGCGCGCAAGGACAAGGAAAUCUCUUCCGGCGACUCCUCCGACAUCGAAUUCGGCGAGGGCGAACUGGACCUGGGCGGCAGCGUCGGCAAAGUGACGUACGAGAAGAUCGACUGGAAGUUCACCGAGACGCCGGGCAUCGACGGCGAGAAGAAGGAGAAGGGCAAGAACCAGCGCGCCUGGGCCAAGUCGGUCACGGGCUUCGAGCACCUCGGGUCGGCGCGUUUCGUCAUCACCGACCGGCUGCACGGCCACAUCAUGUCGACCCUCAUCGGCGCGCCGCACGUGCUGAUGGACAGCAAGCUGGGCAAGAACCUUAACUUCCAUAACACCUGGACGCGCGACUGCGAGUGCACCCGUAUUGCUUCCAAUAUUUCCGAGGCGCUCGAUGUGGCAAGGCUCUGGUUUGAGCAGCCGGAGAACCAGGACUGAUUCACAAGACGGGGAUGGUAGUAGAUACAGUGGCGGAUUGCAUUGUUUUCAGGGACGAUCUCGUCCCCAACCUGGGAGACUUCGGAGGGGUUCGCUAUUUGGGAAUGAUUCACAUGGGGCGCGUACUGGAAAAUGGAUCGGAGAGAAACAGAAUCGGUAAUUGGUCGUCCCGUGUGAUUUUUUCUUCUUCCUUUUUUCUUUUCUUUCUCUUCUCCUUUACUCUUCUUUUUCCCUUCUUUCGUAUUCGUUGCCAUUUUCACCUCCGUCA